AAACAUUUUUUUUCUGUACAAUUUACUAACUUGUAUUUUUUGGCGGGAGGAGCGUCGGGCAUUAAAAAGUGUGAGACUUGUUUAAUGUCCCGUAGUUGCUGCAGCCGUGCUCGCUGCUCUUGCGUCAGUCGGCCCAUAUUUUUUUUAUCAGCGUUUUUUUGCCGUCUAUACCGUUUUAUUUCAUCAGCAAUACUGAUAUAAAAACAGCUUUUAAUAUAAAUACUAUGUUAAAACUGAAUAUUUAAAUGAAAGUUUACAUACGAUGUCGAUGGUCCGGCAACAGCAGGAGGCGCCUCGGUAAUACUAAAACAUAUAUUAUAUUUUAAACAUUUCAAUAAUAUAAUAAGAACUACUUUGUGUUAGUAACAAAAAAUAGCUAACGUGUUAAAAUCAAGCGCACGAGCACAGACGCCGCGCCCACGACCACGGGUACCACCACCCCUUGCACGACCACCCCGGCCACCACCACCACGUCCAGUAUGAGGACCACGACCACGUCCACAACUUCCACCAGCGCCUUGUUCCAUGAUCUAACAAGCGUGCAUAAAUAAAAAUAUUAAAGAAAAGGCAAAAAAAGCUGUAGAUAUAAACAAAACCGAUAAACUCAAAACUUAAAACACUAUAAAAACAAAGUUUUAAUUUUUAAGUUUUAUAGUAAAUGUAGCAAAUUGUGUUAAAAUAAAUACUUCGUAGAUCAAAAAAAAAAGAAAUUAAAAUGUUUACCUUUUGAAUUUCAAAACAAACAUAUGGUCGGUGUGCGUCCUCAGCACGUCCGUAGUGCUUCUUCCUUUGUAAAAGGUGUAACGUCUUCAGGGUUCUCAGUUAUGAAUUUAAGAAACUUUUUCUUAUCAUUUUUGACGCAGUUCGUAUAAUAUUAACAAUUGUGGCCUCCUCCGUCUCACCCAUAGACCGCAACUCCUGAGUAUAUGCAUUGAGCACCCAGUCCAAUCCGUACUCUUAUAUUUAUUGCAUUGUUUAUUGCUUUUUCGUUUCUUUGUUUUUUCUGAAGAUGCUUCAUAUGGUUUCGAUGGUCUGCCACCUGUACAGCUUCCAGACGUAUAAGGGUCAUUAACUGUGAUUCGACACUCCAGUGGAACACGAAAUUCGCCAUUUAACCAGUCGACGUUCUUACUUUCAAAGCGUUCUCUUUCCGGGAUGCAUUUCUCCAGCGUUCGUUACAUUUAGAUGCCAAGUUUCUUUGAAUGUAGGAGACCACAGAAGCCAUAUAUCCUCUGGUGACAAAUUGAAAUUUUCUUGCAAGUAGUCUUCUAUAUUAUUCCCAUUUAUCAACAAAUUGCACAACUCUCGAUUACUACAAACAAAUUCACCCAUUAUUUUCAAAUCAGAUAACUUCUGUAAAUAUUUGAAAAUAGGUAUUAACUGCUUUUUAAGGCAACUGAUAUUCUGACGAACAAUUGUGGAUGUUUCAGGGUUCGCCUUUCUUUUAUAGGCCAAUGAAUUAGUGCUAUAUGCAAAAAGAUAAGAAACUAAUAUUUGCACUCUUCCUGUAACCAACCUGUUUUUAAUUUGACCCUAAUAGAUAAAGUGACCAUAUUUUAUCAAAUAUGGUGAAAACGAUAUCAAAACCACAAAUAACUAUAAUAGUACUCAUUACUGUAAUGACCAUUUUAUCAAUUUGACCCUAAUAGAUAACAGAUGAAUAUGUGAGAAUCUCGAAAGAGAAAAUCUCGCGAUAUGUUUUGGCACCGUGUCAGAAAAGGCGCAAGUAUGCGCAACUUUUUUUCUUUUUGUUUAAACUAAUGUAUAAAGAUCGAAGACAACAAAUAUCUCGACAUCGGCAAACAGCGGCAAACGGGUAAGUGUCGCCGCACACGAGCCACUCGCCACAGCCACAAACGCCGCCACUAGAAGCUAGAAGCGGCUACAAAGGUAGCUGAAGUGCGUGACAGCCACUUGUGGCCGGUGGUCGACACUUGCGGUCGGUGGCUGCUCGUUGUUGUACUUUUUUUUAACCUUUGCGUGCAGUAUCAUAAUGGACUCUGACGAAGAAGGUUUAAUUGCGCUACUUUUGAUAAAAAGACGUCGUCGUAGAAGACGAAACCGUAGUUAUUGGAUACAUCCAAUUUUAACGAAUGUAAACAAAUGCAACGAACAUUUCGAUAAUCUUCUAAACCAUCCUAAAAAGUUUUUCAAACAUUUUCGUUUAAGCAUAGAUACGUUUUGGGAACUACAUGCUCUAUUAUAUGCUGGAUUAAAGCACCACGAUACCAACAUGCGGAAAAGCAUCGCACCUGCGGAAGACUAGCUAUCACAUUAAGGUAAGUGGAAAUAAUCACUAGCAUAAAACUCCACAGAACACUAUGAUAAAAUAAUCUGUACUUUAUUUAUAAUAGAAAAAACAAUGCACAUUGAUUAUUAUAAUCAUUAUUUCAUUAUAUUCAUUAUAUCAUUAUAUAUAAUAUAAACAUUAUAAUCAUUAUAAUAAUCAAUGUGCAUAAAACACGUAGGUAUUUGUAUUUAGUUAUUAUGUCUUUAUUAUAAUUUGGUAUCACUCGUCAUCAUCACGGAACAUGUUUUCGAUAACAGAUCUGUUGUCCAUAGACUGGUCAGAAUAAUAUGAAUGAGUUGGAGAAGGCUGAAUUAUAGGUGAAGAAGGGAUAGAUGUAGAAGCGUUUUGUGUAGAGUAAGACAAGUCAAGCAUAGACUUGUCGGAAUAAUGUGAAUGAAGUGGAGAAGGCUGAACAGAUGUAGAAGCUUUUUGUGUCGAGUGUAUGUUGGCAUUUCCUGAAGAAUAACCAUAAUAUUGUGCCGAAUAGGUUUCAUAAUUUUGAUUAUGCGUGUACUUUCUAAUUAACUAAUAUUUCUGAUUGAAAAUCAAGUUUACAAUUUUCGUCAAUUUUUUUUACAUGUGGAAGCAGCGACAUCAGAAAUUGCUUAUCGGGGUCAUUUUGGUCGCUUAUUUGAUCAUGUUUACGUUUUAAAUUUUCCGAAAGUUAUGGUUAGCAAAAAAUAAUGAAAAAAAUAUAGAAAAGAGCUUAUUUAUUUAUAAGACUAAAUUAAUGAAUUAGUUUUACUCCAUAACAACGACUUUCACGUGAAAAGGUUUUGAGACGGCCUUUUAUGGGGCUUUCCCAUAGUGCGCCCUGGUAUUUUUCAUCACUGUGAAGUCUAUAUCCAUUUCCAAGUGAUCUACACCGUGUCUAAUAUAAUUAUGCAGUAUAUGGGCAGGACAUCCAACGCCUACAAUUUCCUUUUGGAGUUCUUGUUUCAGUAAUACAAAAACAUUUUGUCCGCCUGUUGGUCUAUUAGCGCCACCAAAAUUGACGUUCGCAUUAUCAGCAGUAAAAGAAACUAAUUUUUGUUCAAUGCCGUGUUUUCUCACUGUGUUGACAAUAUAUUGUGUGAUUGUUUCUGCAGUUUCGUUUGGCAAUACAUCGAGGUAUAAAAUUUUUGUCUUUAUUAUCCCAUCGCGAUAAUCAAAAUAUUUCAAAAUAUUAUAUUACUAUUGGAAACAUUUUUCGAGCACCGUGAUUGCUGGCAUCAGUUUAGACCAAAAUAUAAUAAUGAAUCAGAUUUCAACCUUCCAUUACAUGAGGGGAAAUAACAUUGUAAACAUUAGCUUCGGUUUUUGUCCGGGCACAGGUUAUCGUCUUUCCCACAUCUGAAUCAGAAAAUAACUUCCUCAAUAAUCCUCCUGUGCAAUCGUGCAAAUAACUUAUAAGAUUGGUGAUGUUUUACAGUAUGGUAAGCAAACGCAGCUUCUGCAGCGGCUUUUCUUUCCGAAAUAAUAUUUAGGGUUGGUUUGAAAAAUGUAUCUUACUAUUGGAAGACUGCUUUAGACAUUUUUUGAUGUUUUUCGGAUUCCAAAUGUCUUUUCACAUCUUUGAUUCCUCUAGAACCAAAACUAAAAUAACAGUCGCAUACCACACGGGCGGUGCGGCGCCGCACCGCAAGCCAUUUCGCCGCGCUGGCGACCACACGGGCAGAGCGGCGUUGCCACGUUCUAAGAGCCCUCGCACAUUACGGCCACCAGUCGCCGCCACUAAACGCGACCACCAGUAGUUCGGCUAGACCACUACACGCCGCCACCAGUGGCAGCCACUAAAGGCCGCAUCAAGCCACCAGUGGCUGCCACUUGCGUCAGACACUAGCUGCAAGUAUCUCGACAGAGGUAGACGUGUGUUGCCCAAGAAUGGACGCACUCUUGAUUUCGCUAUUGUUGCUUAUUAUUCUAAAACGUAGAAAACGGCGCCGAAUUCAGAACCAUCGACGACAAAUUCAUCGGCGUCACUGGGUACAUCCAAUUCUGACAUCACGCAAUAAAAAUGGACAGCACAAAUUGCUGUUCGAAGAGUUAAAAUGUUAUCCAGAUAAGUUCUUCAAGUAUUUUAGAAUGAGCGUGAACUCAUUCAAUGAAUUACUUAGCGUUUUGCACGAUGACCUCAAACAUCAAGAUACACGCAUGAGAAAAAGCAUCUCUCCAACAGAAAGGCUGGCUAUAACUUUAAGGUACCUUGCUACUGGUUGUUCAUUUGGUGAUUUUGAAUUAGUAUAUCGAUGUGGUGCGUCAACUGCGAGAUUAAUUGUAAAAGAAACAUGUAAAUUGAUCUAUGCAUCACUUCAAGAUAUCUGCGUACCACAACCAACUGAAGAGAUGUGGAGUAAAAUAGCUAAGGGGUUUGAAGAAUAUGCUAACUUUCCAAAUUGCUGUGGUGCAAUUGAUGGAAAACAUAUAAGGAUUAUUAAGCCUCAAGAUAGCGGAUCCUUAUAUUAUAAUUAUAAACACUAUUUUUCCAUCGUACUUCUAGCUAUCUGUGACGUGAAUUAUAAGUUCACAUUUAUUGAUGUCGGCUCUUAUGGGAAAGCUUCAGAUUCGACUAUCUACAAAGAAUCGAAAUUAUUCAAAAAAUUGGAAGACCAAUCCCUGAAUUUACCUGCACCAAAAGCAAUUUCUAGUAGUUCUGGUCCUGUAAACUACUGUUUUGUUGGUGAUGAAGCUUUUGGUCUUGCAGAACACAUGUUGAGACCUUAUUCAGGAAAACACUUGAAUAUUGAAAAAAGAAUUUUCAACUAUAGGCUUUCUCAAGCCAGGCGUCAUAUCGAGUGUGCCUUUGGGAUAUUAGUGAAUAAGUGGAGAAUACUACAUCGACCAUUGAAUGUGUCAAUAGAUUUCGCCGAAGACAUCGUGAAGGCCUGUUGUAUACUACACAACUUUGUUCGUCAGAGAGAUGGAUUUAAUUUCCAUCAUACAUUGACUGUACCAGGACUUCAAGAUAUCGAUAACGCCCACGUGCAAUCUCGUCGUUCAUUAAACACCAGAGAUAUAUUGAAAGAUUAUUUUAUUAGCAACGAGGGAGCUGUACCUUGGCAAAAUAAUAAAAUAUAAUAAAUAUAUAAUAAUAAUGUAAAAUAAAAUUGUCCAAAAACUUACACUUUGUUUUUUUCCGCUACAUUUUUUUCACUAAAAUUUGGAAUAAAUUUUAGGCACAAUUCCUCCCAAGCUUCAGUUUUCUUACCCCUGUCGCUAUACAAAUCUGACUUUAAAUCCCAAAUAGCGGGUCGCUCUUCGACAUCGGAAAUAAAAGCGUCUACAUCAAAAUGAGGAAUCGGAUCCGUGGACAUCAUGCACGUGCAUUCAGUACGCAGCUUACAACAAGACUAGACCCGGGAGACGGGAUUGGGGAGCGGCGCGCAGGGGUGGGAAGAAGCCGGCAACUGUGGCCGUGUAUGCGCACGAGUCGAACGACAAAACGCAGCCACAAGUAGCGAGCGCGCUCGACUCUCGCAGCUUGUGGCUCGGACGCGGCCACUCAAGCGCUCAGUGUGCGCCGAUUCUAUAUAAAAUGUAUGAAGAAACGCGUCCGCAGGUUGUGGCGGCCACUAGUGGCUGAAGCGUGGCCGCCACUAAGUGGCCAGUGUGCGGGGGCUCUAAGGAGCCGCGGCGGCGACAAAAUGAAAUGUGAAGUAAACAAAUCAAAAUGAAAACGCUCUCAGCGGUGAAGUGAGCGAUAGAAAACACCGACGCCCGUCUCGCUCCCGCUCACGCACCGCACCGUAGCUUAUUCUCCCUCUCAUUCUCGCGCCGCGCCACCUGUACUACGAUCCGAUCGUUCGGUUGAGCGCGCGCGCGACCGUCCGUUUUCAUUCAAAACGCAAACGCGAACGGCGCCGUGCGCGACGCACGGGCGCGAAAUUUAAAAAUGGCUGUCUCAAACCAAUGCAGGCCGCACGCCUGUCUAAGCUGUAUAAUGCCUGUGAAAUGCGGCAAAUGCCUGUCAGAUGGUAACCCAAGCCGCGACCGGCCACCGGCCGCUGUCAUUGUCCCUCGCGCUUAUCAAAAGGCUGAUAACUCAGUAUUUACUAACAAGUGAUUUCCAUUUUCCCUUCAUACUUUAACGGUCCUAAGACCGUCGUAAAUACUUUUAACUACACUUAGGGCCCCCGCGCACUAGGCCGCCUGGCUGCGCAGCCAGGCUGCGGCAGCCAGAAUAUUUGCGCAGCCAGUUAUAACAGCCAAUCAACGACUAGUCUAGAUCCUUCCGUCGAGCAAUAUGGACGUGGAAGAACUUAUAAUUAUUGCUUACCUAUCUCGUAAAAAACGCAAAAUAAAGAAAAGAUACUGGAUUCAUCCUCUUUUUCUAGAAAGACACUCAAAAGGCUUAUUCCAAACCUAUUUCAAAGAUAUUCGCGCAUUCCCAGACCGGUUUUUGAACUACACGAGGAUGUCAGUGCAAUCGUUUGAUAACCUUUUGGAAAAAAUACGAAAUUCAAUCAAUGGCAUUGAUACUCCUAUGCGAGCUUGUAUAAAACCUGAAGAAAAACUGGUGAUAACUUUGAGAUAUCUUGCUACAGGAUGUUCUUUAAUGGAAUUGAGUCAUAAUUAUCGGAUUGGACAUACAACUGUCCGAGAUAUCAUACAUGAAGUUUGUAUGGCGAUUUGGGAGAAUAUGAGACAGUCAUCGUUUCCAGAAUUAAAUGAAGAGAGGUGGCUUGAAAUAGCAAAUGGUUUCAAUGAAAAUGCAAAUUAUCCCAAUUGCGUUGGUGCCAUCGAUGGCAAGCAUAUAAGAGUGAUAAAACCCAGCGAUUCAGGGUCACUGUACUAUAAUUAUAAAAAUUAUUUUUCCAUCGUUUUACUUGCUGUAUGCGAUGCAGAUUACAAAUUCACAUAUAUAGAUGUUGGGGCUUAUGGAAAAUGUAGUGACUCAUCGAUAUAUAAAAAAUCCAUUUUGUAUCAAAAACUUGUCAACAAAGAUUUACAAAUUCCGGAGAAGCGCCCCAUAUCAAAUAAUGGAGUACCGAUGCCAUACGUCAUAGUGGGGGAUGAGGCAUUUGGCUUAUGUGAAAAUUUAAUGAGACCUUAUGGAGGUAGGAGUUUAACAGCGGAGAAAAGAAUCUUCAACUAUAGACUGUCUCGGGCAAGGCGGUACAUAGAAUGCACGUUUGGGAUAUUAGCCAACAAAUGGAGAAUUUUUCACCGCCCACUAGAUGUCCGACAGGAACUUGCAAUAGCCAUAGUACAAGCUUGCUGUGUCUUACAUAACUACGUGCGCGAAAGGGACGGGUAUAGGUUUCAAGACACACUGUACGUUCCACCAGAACUGGAAAUAACCGGUGGACCCGCAAAUAGAGGAAGCCGAUCAUCAGCAUCCUAUAGGGAUUUAUUUGCGGAUUAUUUUAUUAAUGCAAAUCCGUUAGAAUGGCAAAACAGAUAUGCAUUAGAAUAGUGCCUACCUAUUUAUCUAAAUAAAACAUUGAAGUGAAAAUACCUAGUUAAGUACCAAAAAAGAACAAUAACGAAUACAUAGUUAUUCUGCGAUACUUUACAAAAAUAUUGAUUGGUGUUGCAGAAUCACCUGUAUUAUACUGUAUAAUCCAGAUAAUAAAAAUACAUGCUUACCAAAUUCUUUUUUGUCAUUUUCUGAUAAACUUUCCGAGCACAUUUGGUUCGUGAUUUCUUCCCAUCUCCUUUUCUUUAAAUCCCGAUCACUGUAUUCUUCCGAUGUUAUAUCCCAAAUUGCUUUACGGCUUUCAAUUUCCCGAAUAAAUUUCUCUGUAUCGAAAGUCAUCUUAUCAAAGUUCAGAACGCAAAAUACGUCUGGCUGCUACAACUAGUGCGCGGAGACUGACCGCAGCCACAUACAUUCGCCUACACACGCUCUGGCUGCGCGCAGCCAGCUGGCUGCCGUGCAUAUAGGCGCGUUUCAUUGGCUGCCGCAGCCGAGAUUUCGUGGCUGCCUAGUGCGUGGGCUCCCGUACAAUGUCAUAUGUUUGACUGGCUGCCGCAGCCUGGCUGCCGCAGCCAGGCUGCCUAGUGCGCGGGGGCCCUUACUAAACACAAACAUAAACAAAAUUUAAUCAAGAGAUAGUAUCUUGUUUAUUACUGAAUUUGGCAACAAAGUA